UGUGUGUGUGUGUGUGUGUGUGUGUGUGUGUGUGUGUGUGUGUGUGUGUGUGUGUGUGUGUGUGUGUGUGUGUGCAGGUGGGAGGGCACCCCCCCGCAGGACGCUGACAUGGAUGUGGAUGCGGUACUUCAGGCUCUGUCCAGCGCCGACUCGGUGCUUCAGGUCCGACAGCUCGGCUUGGGUCUGGUGCAGCAUCUGAGAUCGGCACGGCAACGCAGAGAUGACAUCAUCGCUCAGGAGAUGAAGGCUGUGAUGGACGAGAGAGACGGGUCUGUCGCUAUGUGUAAACGUCUGGAACAGGAAGUGAUGCAGCAGAGAGAGAGGAGGGCGAGCAAGACGGAGCGGCUGAGGGCGGGGGGCGGAGCUGUGGACGACAGAUGCCAGCUGGAGGCAGAGCUACAGCUGCUGCGAGCCAAUCACAGCCCUCAGGACCCCCUCACUCUCUCGCAGCCCUGUGACAACGUCUUUUCAGCACCAACCCUCCAGCUGCAGGUGCAACAGCUGUCCGAGGAGAAGCGGAGCGUGGAGGUGGAACUUCAGCGCUGUCAGGAGUCGGAGAGAGAUGCUAGAGAAAGAGGGCACAGGUUGGAGCGUCUGGUGGAGGUUUUGAGGAAGAAGGUGGGGUCAGGAAGUGUCCGAGCCGUCGUCUGAGCCAGCUUCUCCAGGGUUGAGGGUUGACUCUCAGAGUCGUGGAGGACUUCAGACCAGGAUCUGGCUCUCAAUCAAAGUGGAAACAAUUGUGAAAUAAAGUCUCUAUAUUAAUGUUGAUUA